GAGUAUAGGUUUCCAUUGUAACAGAGAAGCAUCGUUCUUCAACUGGCAGAGUAUACAUUUUGCCAGUAAUAGGAUCCAAGACAAGUAGUUGAUCACCAUUACUGUUGAAAAUCACUUUCCCAUCUUUCGAUAGGCCUUUCGGCCUUCUCAAUCUCAUCAUACCCAGGGGAGGAGAGAAGGAAAAUAACUUGCACCAACACUCUCCUACAGUUUCGCCAUAUUGCUGCAACACCCAUAUCUCAAAAAUCCGUUCGACAUCCCCACCUGCGCAAGGCAAGCGGUUCUGACAAUGAAAGAGUGCAAUGUUCUCAUCCUUCAGCAUGAACACAACAGGAGCAUCGACAUAACGAUCAUACUUGCAGGGAUUUGGCAAUGUUUUGCUGGCCUGAAUCCCUUCACUGCUCAAUGCUCAUGUCAAACGAAACAAUUGUAAUGGUACUUUGGUAGACGUUUGUAUAUACACUCUCCCCUCCUACCCAGAAACAUUUGCUCUUUCUCCCACUCAGCCUCACUCUAGGACAAUACUGUGGGAUGUGAGAAUCAUCUAGUCCCACAUAUGGACGCACCCAAAAAUGACCCAAUAUUUCUGAUUUCCCGCCAAAGCCCAAAAUAGAUCCCGUCUCUUCUCCCGACGUCCAGUAACGUUUCAAAUUCCGGCAGUUGUGGGUGUCAAUCGUCGUCGGGAACGUAAGCACUUGCGAUUUAGGCUUAAUCAUAAGCUGUUAGACUGGAGUCACUGGACUCUACUACUACAGCAAGAGUAGAGGGUCGAACCGUGGGAGAAGUGAAGAAAGAAAGAAAACGACCACUUUCCCCUUUUACGGUUUUACCUCGUUUCAACUCAUACAUCAUCUUUCCUUCUUGCUUCCGCCAGUUCAGUCCAAGCUUCUAAAACCUAGAAAGGAAGUUGCUUCUCAGCUAUGGAGCGAGAGAAAGAUGCUUUCUAUGUUGUAAGGAAAGGCGGUAUGAUCGGGAUCUACAAGAGCUUCCCGGACUGCCUAGCUCAAGCCGGUUAUUCUGUUUCUGAUCCUUCAGUCAGUGUAUUCAAAGGAUAUGGUUUGCCGAGAGAUGCUGAGGAUUACCUUGCAUCACUUGGGCUCCGAAAUGCUGCUUACUCUGUCAGUGCCACUGAUGUUCAGGCUGCUCUCUUUGGGAAACUUGAGCCUUGCCGCAUCCAGCCUCCAGCUUCAAACAAGGGGUCUUCUUCAGAGCGCUAUCAGGAAACACCCACUGUACAUAGGUGUGGAGUGGCUAUAGUCAUGGAAACCUCGCCAAAAAUGUAUCCGAAAUUACAGAAUGAUGGAAGGAGCAUCCCACUUCCAACCAGCUCAGUAUGGCGUUUCUCUGAAGGUGUGGGGAUUGCAACGAACAAUGUUGCUGAAUAUCGAGGUGUGAUUCUGGGAAUGAAGCAAGCACUCAAAAAAGGGUUUAGAGACAUUAGUGUACAGGGGGAUUCUAAUCUUGUCUGUAUGCAGAUUCAGGGCAUAUGGAAGUUAAAAAACCAGAACAUAAUUGCUUUGGGAAACGAGGCGAAGGCGCUCAAGGACAAGUUCCGUACUUUUGAGAUCAGACAUAUUCUGAGGGAAUUCAAUUCUGAAGCUGAUGCACUGGCAAACCAGGCUGUUCAGCUCAGGGAUGGGCAAAUGCACGAGGCUUUGAUCACCAAGUAGUUUGACACCAUCUGAGGUCAGGUUGGAGUAAAGGGUCAAAAUUUAAGCUUCAGGCCAGGAAGGGGUAGGGAUAGAAAUGACUUCAGUGCAGCAACUUGUUUAUAUGUUUUUGCUUAGCUUUUGGGCUUGUUGAAGCUAGAUAUCACAUUGCAGCUUCCAAUGUUGAUAAUUUAACCUGUUAGUAACUGAAAUGGACGGCUCUGAUGUAAGCUCCUUUAUGAUACCUUCAUUCUCAACCUACCUUUUCGUUUCGGCUGUAUUAUAGGAAUGGUCACUGAACUUUGGGGUCACUGAUGAAUCAGUCGAUUAACUAUGUUCUAACAAAGGUGUCGUAUGUUUGAAAGAACUAACAUAACAACUAUGCAUUGUCUUUAUAUUUUCGGGUUUUUGAUCGAAUU